CACCACCACACCAUGACCGAGUCAGUGCUCACGCAGCCACAGCUGCGCGGGCUUUCUGACAAGGUGUACGAGAAGCGCAAGCUAGUGGCCCUCCAGAUAGAGCAGCUUACCCGCGAGUAUGCGCGGACCAAGAAGACCAACCUUGUCCACUCGAUCAUCGAUGACCUUACCACCCGGUUCGUGACCAACACUCAGCCCAACGCCCGCAAGGGCGGACUCAUCGGCCUUGCCGCUGUGGCCAUCGGCCUGUCGUCGACUCUUGUGGCCCCGUACCUGCCGGCCCUCGUCCCGCCGGUCUUGCGGUCGUUUGGCGAUGCCGAUGCGCGGGUCCGGUACUACGCCCUCGAAUCAAUGUACAACGUGGCCAAGGUCGGGCGCGGCUCCAUCAUGGAGUACCUUAACGAGCUCUUUGACGGCCUCCUCAAGCUCACCGCUGACUCGGACCAGGCUGUCCGGUCGGGUGCACAGCUGCUCGACCGGCUGAUGAAGGACAUUGUGGCCGAGGCCGAGAUCGACGACGUCGCAGUUUCGGCGCUCAUCGAGCUCAUGACGACGCGGCUCGAGACCGAGAACCCAUGGCAGCGGCAGGCACUCAUCAACUGGAUCACCAUGCUCGACUCGGUCCAGAUCGACCUGCUCGACCACCUCCCGGCCCUUCUCCCAGGCCUCUAUGCCGCCCUUGCGGACGUCAACGCCGAGAUCCGUCGGCUCGCCGACGGCGCGCUCGCUGAGUUUCUUCGCGAGAUCGAGGAGGCCGACGCAGAGGCUGCCGUCGACUUUGAAGCCAUGGUCCCCAUCAUUGUCGAGCACACCGGCUCCGACUGUGAGUUUACCCAGCUCACUGCCCUCCUCUGGGCCUCCAAGUUUAUCAUCAUGGGUGGCUCCAUCAUCAUUCCCUUUGUCGCCCCGCUUCUCGGCAACGUCCUGCCAUGCCUCUCGCACGAGGUCGAGGAGAUCACACUCGCCGCCAUCCACGUCAACCAGCAUCUGCUCGCGCUCAUGUCGGUCACCGAAGAGGCCUUUGACUUUGCUCCGCUCAUCCGCACAGCCACAUCGCAGCUCUCCAACCCGUGGGCCACAACCCGGACUUCGGCGCUCCGCUGGAUCCUCAUGCUCCACCUCAAGUCGCCCGACUCGGUCGCCGGCGAGAUGGACCACCUUGUCGAAGCUCUCCUCACCGCCCUCCACGACCCGUCCGUCAAGGUCGUCAAACUCGUCCUCGAGGUCCUCUCCAAGCUCUGCUCGUUCAAGCGCUCGUACUUUGAGUCGUUCAUGUUCCAGCUCGUCUCCAUGUUCCACUCCUCACCCGAGCUGGUCGGCGAGCGAGCCACACUUAUUGUCCGCCAGCUCGCCGUCUUUCUUGACGCUGAGGACAUCUACGUCGAGUUUGCCACCAUCCUUGCUCCCUCUCCGCACCUCGACUUUGCCUCUAGCCUUGUUGCCAAGCUCAACCUCAUCCUCCUCACUGCACCCGAGCUUGUCCAGCUCCGCGCCAAGCUCGCGGCCAUGGGCGCAUCGCCUGCCGACGCAAGCGUCGACGCCGCGCCGUCCCGAUCCGGCAUCGACCUCUUUGUUGUUCUCUUCAAUGCAUGGUGCCACGAUCCGGUCGCCGCCUUUGCCCUCUGUGCUCUCUCGCAGGCUUACGAGACCGCCACUGAGCUCAUCCAAAAGUUUGGUGAGCUCGAGGUGACCGUCAAACUCCUUGUCCAGGUCGACAAGCUCAUCCAGCUCCUCGAGUCACCGGUCUUUGCCCGCCUCCGCCUCCAGCUGCUCAAGCCGCUUGUCCAUCCGUUCCUCUUUCACGCCCUCUACGGCCUCCUCAUGCUCCUCCCGCAGUCGUCGGCGUACGUUGCCCUCGCCACACGCCUGCAGGCUGCGUCGGCCCUCACCACGUCGGGCGCUCCCGCCGGCGCUGCAGCCCUUGCGCCGCGCGCCGCGCAGCCGCAGCCCGAUCCGCUCCGUGCUAGUUCAUCGCCAAGCGCCGACUUGCCUGCCCUUCUGGCCCACUUUGACACUAUUCAGUCGGCACACACCCGCCUCCGCCGCGCCCAGCUCGCCGAGGCUGCCAUGGCCGAUGGCGAGUCGGAACCCGACCCCACCACAGACGCGCUCCCGCGCAUUCCGGUCGAUCCUGGCUCAGAGCAGGCCCGGGACUCGAUCCCGUCGCGCCCGACCAAGAGCCGUAACAUCCUCGAGCCCGUCAAGGCUCCGCGGUUCUUUGCUCCGCUCGACUCCAACUCUCCGGCUCACCGGCGCUGA